AUGGCUAAAAGUGGUGAACAUGAAAAAAUGUCACAACGUGCUCUACGUUUGACUGACGUUGCACAGGAACCGAUGGAUUUCCUCAUGCCUAUUAGUGGUUACGAGAAAAUGCCACUUGUACCACUUGAAGAAGCGGUUGAGCCGCUCGUCUCAAUGUUACCGGCUGUUAAAAUUUACGCAUCUGCAGCUAAAAGGAAAUGCAAGAAGCCAGCUGAUAAUUUGACGCCAGAUGAAUCGGCUU